CAUGGUGCGGAGUGGGGAGUGAGAGCCUGAGAGAGGAAGCAAGAGUCUGUUACAAAUUAUAUAGAAUGUCUAACACGUGGUAGAAUAUCGUUCAAUGUAAUUGUUUUUAUAUAUGUCUUUAUUUGUUGUUGGAAAUAUAUCUUACGUAUAAUUUUUCAUAAAAAUUAAUGUAAUAAAUCUAGAGGUGGCUUCAGAAUUUUUCAAACAUGACUCGAUUCGCUAGAGCUAAAGGAUCUAAAGCUUCCAAUGAAAGAUUACCUAAUGACCCUACACCAUGGCACGUAAUGAAACAACAAUUAGUAGAGAAUUUAUCCACGUCUCAAGGAUAUUCAGGAAAAACGAAAUCCGCAAAAGAAUUGUUAUGUGAAAAGCAAAGUACUUCUGAUGUUACAAAUGACAAAAGUAAUUGGGCAGAAUUUGAAAACAGUUAUGAAAGGAAAAAUAAUUCGGAAGUCAAAAAAGCCAUGAAACGCAAGUCAAGUAUAGUAAAAGAAAAUCAAAAUGUGUCUUCAGAUAAACACGAUGAAAGUAAUGUUAAAGUUAAAAAGAGAAAUAUUGAUGAGGUUGAUAGAUCUGUGACAGAAGUAAAAGAUAAGGAUAAAAAAAGUAACAAUCAGUAUGACAAUAAAAGUAAUAAGCAGAACAAAGUGGAUGAGUUGAAUAAUCAGACAAAUAUUGUACAUGAUUCAAAGAACAAAACUAAAGGUAUGUUAUCUAAACGUCAAAAACGCAAUAUGAAAAGAAGACAAAACACAGGAUUUGAAACAAGAAAUGAUAACAAUUCUGAGAGUAUUAACAAUAUGAAUAAUGAUAAAAGCGAGGGUAUGGGAAAUGGUCAAACAAGAAGGUUCGAUAAAAGAUUUGGGGAUCAGUCUACAGAUUUUAGAAAUGGUCCAUAUAAAUUUGGUAUGCAAAAACUGGAAAAGAAUAAGAAGAAGCAGAAACCUCCUAAAAUUCGAGAUGAUAAAGAACACACAAGAAGGAAACCAGAUAUAGGCUAUAUUAAGUUAGUAAUCAAUGGUGUUGAAGUUGAAAUUGUAAAGUUUGAUGGUUUUCCAGUUAAAAAGGAAGAUGCAGAUAGAUUACAUGAAUUGAAACAAAAAAUGAUUAUGAAAGGAAUUCCAGAGAAGGAGAUAAAUGUAGCCAUGAAAUUAGAAAGAAGAAAAGCUGAGAAAGCACUGGCAAGAAUUAAAAAGUGCGUUUGCUUUCAUUGCCGUAAAUCAGGACAUAAUUUGUCUGAUUGCCCUGAACUUGGAUCUGAACAAGCAGGUACCGGUAUCUGCUUCAAAUGUGGAUCAACAGAACACACACAUUUUGAAUGCAAAGUAGCUAAACCAACGGAAUUUCGAUACGCAACUUGUUUCAUUUGUCGCGAGCAAGGGCAUAUUGCUAAACAAUGUCCUGAUAAUCCUAAGGGAGUAUAUCCUCAAGGAGGUUGUUGUAAAAUUUGUGGAGAUGUUACACAUUUAAAAAAGGAUUGUCCAGAUUUAAUAAAGGAAAGGGAGGAAAAUACUGUCACAGUAACCACAAUUGCAGAUGGUGACAUAGAAUGUUUGGAAGAAAACAAGAAGAUUCUAAAUGAAAACAAUGAUAACAAAUCUAAAAAAAUAGUGAAAUUUUAAUACAAUGUAAUAACUAUAACACGGGCAUACAUGUUUCGUAUUAUGUAAUUGUAUUUAUGUAUAUAUCUUAAUGAGCUAAAGACUUGCAAUGUAAACAUAAAAUUUAUUGAAAGAUACAUGUAUUUGACAUGUAUAUACAUAUACA